GGAUUAUUCUGGAAUAUAUACAAGGCGGUGAGCCAAAGACCAGUUCUAUAGAUCUACUUGAUCUUAGACCUGACACAGAUGCCAUAGCCUUAGUAGACGAAAUUCAAAAAGGAGAACCUCUCAUCACAGCUUCAUGCAAGGAACACGUCAUACAUUUAGUACGAAGAUUGCAAGAGAAGCUAGGGGAAAACAAGGAUCACAAGUUCUAUCUUUUUAAGGUACUUAGAGCACAUGUAUUGCCACUGACUAAUGUAGCAUUUAACAAAUCCGGUUCCCGCUUUAUCACUGGAAGCUAUGAUAGAACCUGCAAAGUGUGGGAUACUGCAUCAGGAGAAGAGAUAUGUACGCUGGAGGGACACAGAAACGUUGUCUAUGCAAUAGCUUUCAAUAAUCCCUAUGGUGACAAGGUUGCCACUGGAUCUUUUGAUAAAACCUGCAAAUUGUGGAGUACGGAAACAGGAAAAUGUUAUCAUACUUUCAGAGGACAUAGUGCAGAAAUAGUAUGUUUAUCAUUUAAUCUUCAGAGCACAUUGGUGGCAACUGGAAGCAUGGAUACCACCGCCAAAUUAUGGGAUAUAGAGAAAGGAGAAGAAAUAGUCACUUUAAGUGGGCACUCAGCAGAAAUUAUUGCGUUGUCUUUCAACACCACUGGAGAUAGGAUUAUCACUGGCUCUUUUGACCAUACAGUAGCAGUGUGGGAUGUUGGCACUGGCAGGUUGUUACAUACUUUAAUAGGUCACCGAGGAGAGAUUAGCAGUGCACAGUUCAACUGGGACUGUUCUCUCAUUGUCACUGGAUCAAUGGACAAAACAUGCAUGCUGUGGAAUGCUAUGACUGGGACACAUAUAGCAACUUUAACAGGUCACACUGAUGAAAUAUUGGAUGUCUGCUUUGAUUAUGCUGGCCAGCGUAUUGCAACUGCCUCUGCUGAUGGAUUGGCAAGAGUCUAUAAUGCAGAAACAAAAAAGUGCAUUGCAAAGCUAGAAGGGCAUGGAGGUGAAAUUUCUAAGGUAUGUUUCAACCCUAAAGGCAAUCGUAUACUAACAGCCAGCUCUGAUAAAACAGCUCGACUCUGGGAUGCUGCUACUGGACACUGCCUUCAGAUAUUAGAGGGUCACACUGAUGAGAUAUUCUCCUGUGCUUUCAAUUACAAAGGUGAUAUAAUCAUUACAGGGAGCAAGGAUAACUCCUGUAGAAUAUGGCACUGA